AUGGCGGCAUCUCUGUUCACCUACUCAUCAACAUCUCGAAGAGUCACUCCUGCCCCAAACUCUCCUCCACUUCCAAUUCACAUCAAGGCCACCAAUGUCGUAUUCAACCCUGACAUUCCAGAGGUUCAUCGAGGUCUUGGACUCGAUGAUUUCGUCAAUUUCUUGACUUCUUGCCGCCUCCGAUACGCAAUCAGUGACGUACCAUCCGAGUUCUUCCCUGAACAAGUAUGUGAGUUUUACUAUACUGCAACAGUUAAUGAAGAAAACAAUGCCAUCACCGGAACAAUUGGCCAUGGCAGACACUCCGUCUUUAUCACUGCAGAGCUUCUCAGCGCUGCUUUACGAUUACCUCUGUUCGAACCUUUUUCUGAACCCCAACUAUUGAAAGAUGUAAACGCAUGUUUGAUCAACUGGGCUAUGAUCAUUCAAAGGCUGUGUGUGGGCCACAAGUCUCGGAGUGGUGAUCAAUUGAGUAAUUAUGAGCAACAAGUCGUCUGGUCUCUUCUUCUCAACAAAAGACUGGAUUAUGGGGCACUAUUCUUUGAUCAGCUUGUUCAACUUUUACGUGCAAAUGUGCGUGCUGAUCAUGUUCCCUUUCCUCGCUGGAUUGCCCUGGUGUUCGACAAAUUCUUCGCUGCUGAUUAUUUUUCUCACUCUGGGAAUCCAAUCCAAUGCCCUCGCAUGUCCGUUCGCAUGUAUCAGGAUGAUCCUUUGGAUUCAGACAUUGGGAUCUCAGAUAGGAUGAGAGAAUGGAUUGCUCAUCCAUACACUAUGCCUUCUCUCUCAGCUGAUACUGAUGAAGGAGGUGCUGAUGGUGAUCAUGUGGAUCAUGCUGAUCAAGAAGUGGAUCGUUAUGAUGGCGGCCAUUCCUCUCCUCCACCUUCUCCUCACCUUACCCCUGUCACUGGUCCUGCCUCCUCAGCUCCACAGGAUCUCAUGUCUCAAGGGGAGCAACCAUCUCAGGGGGAUCAUCAGUCUCAGGGGGAGCAUUCUUCUCAAGGGGAGCAACCAUCUCAAGGGGAUCAUCAGUCUCAGGGGGAGCAUUCUUCUCAAGGGAUGCCUCUCUCUCCGGGGAGCAUUCAUCCCCAGCAGCUCACCACUUCUCUCCAAGGAUGCAAUCCAGCUUUCCAGUUGCUCCAGGAACAUCCAUGA